AUGUUACGAAAAAAUGAUACUCAUCUGAUCGCCGAGGAUCUUAGCAAGCGAUACGGGGAGAUAUUCAACAUCCGGUUGUUUACAAGUAACCUUGUUUUCCUAAACAGUAGUCGAUUAAUGCGUAAACUGUUCGCAUCGGGUCAAUAUCGUGACGUCACAAACGACCGGCCAUGGACAUUUUACGAACGAUCUUUAGAUGAUGAUGGGAAACUUCUUCCAAGUGAACAUAUUUUACGAUCACAAUUGAUACCAUUUGGAGUUGGAAAAAGAAAUUGUGUCGGAGAAUCAUUCGCCAAGUCUCGUAUGUUCAUGUAUGUGACAUCAUUAUUACAGAGCUUUGAUUUUACCCCCGGGUUGGCCUGA